GCUACAUCUCCCAUCAUUGGAGACCUCUGCUUUGACGGUCAAUGAUGUUUCCCCUCUGGCUCCUUGCGCCUACACCUGUACCCAUGGUUCGCGAUACUGUAGCCUCAUACUUCUUUCUUGGAUCAAGAGAGCAGGAAGAUGCGAUGUCCACCGUCAUAUUCUCACCCCCCACGUCUACCUUGGCUGGAAACGCUCAUCACAACAAUCUCAUCCUUGCUGCCGUCCCACUAGUACAUGUCAAUCAGACAGCAGAGGACAAAGUGGCAUCCGGUACCUCCGUCACAUAUAGACCCAAGUACAAGGCCCAUCGGACCAGAAAUCGUAUCCUGAAUAUCGCCGAAAUGAUGCCCUCGAGCAAACUCCCUCCUUCCCAAUGCCCGCUGGCACGGCUCAGACAGUAUCAUAUCUCAUUUGCACCAUCAGUGAGUCCUGCAAGACCGAGUGCUCUCUACCUCUGUCGAUUGCAUGUUCGCCCAUCGUUGGGCUUGCAGCUGUAGUCAGCCGCCAGCUGUUGUCAUCUUCCAGGUGUCGCCGGCGUGCAGUUGUCGGAGACUUGCAGCGGUCCGGAACGAAGCAUAGCAGGAGCCAUGUGCAAAGACACAGCGCCCACAUGAACCACGUCGACUACCGCCGCGCACCUCCACCAAACCUGCACAGCUAUCCCUUCAAUCCUCUCCCACUUCCUCUCUGCGCUCCCUCUCCUCGCUGCGCUCCCUCUCCUCGCCCCGCACUACCAACCGCACAGUCUCCCUCCUCUCACCCUCAACUCCUGCCUAUCCUCAGUUACCGCUUCCUUCACUCAUACGAUCCGCCGCGUCUAGUAGCUGCUGACAAGUCAUCUCUUCCUUCAGCGGACUUCUCGAGCAGCGUUAGUGGUGCGGCGACAUGGAGGAUGCGGCGGCGGAUGAGUAGAGUGCUGAGGCGUGGUCGGGAUCUGGUUGUGGAGACAUGAUGGUAUGAUGGUUGGGAGCGCAUGGGUUGCGGCGUGCUGGGGAGUUAUGGAGUUGGAAUGGUUGGUGUUGCGUGUUUGGUUUGCCGCACAUUUGGCGAAUAAAGCAGGUAGCUCUUAGACAUUCUCUUAGACAUUCUC